AUGUAUUUGGACUUGGAGCAUGUAGCUCCUAUUGAGGCACAGAUGCGAGCCUUCGGGGCCGCUGUUCCUCAGAACGGUGUAUUGUGCUGUGAUCAUUCCAAGGACAACCAAAUGUGUCGGGAUGUGUGUGAGCAGAUUUUCUCGUCAAAAAGUGAAUCCCGUUUAAAACAUCUGCUGCAGCGAGCUCCAGAUUAUUGUCCAGAAACAAUGGUUGAAAUUUGGAGUUGUAUGAAUUCAUCUUUGCCAGGUGUGUUUAAGAAGUCUGACAGCUGGGUUGGCUUAGGCUGCUGUGAACUGUCUAUUGCCUCGGAGUGUCGACAGGCAUGCAAGCAGGCAUCUUCAAAGAAUGAUGUUUCCAAAGUUUGCAGAAAAGAACAUGAGAAUGCUCUUUUCAGUUGCGUUAACAGAAAUGAAAGGGGCUCGCUUUGCUGCGGCUACGCAGGCCAUCACACCAACUGCCGGGAGUACUGCCAGGCCAUCUUCCGCACGGACUCGGCCCCGGGUCCCUCUCAGAUCAAGGCAGUGGAGAACUACUGCGCCGCCGUCAGUCCACAGUUAAUUCACUGCGUGAACAAUUACACCCAGUCUUACCCAAUGAAGAACCCGACCGACAGUUUAUACUGCUGUGAAAGAGCUGAAGACCAGGCCUGCCAGAGUGCCUGCCGGAGAAUCUUGAUGUCUAAGAAGACGGAGAUGGAGAUCGUCGACGGCCUCAUCGAGGGCUGUAAGAAGCAGCCCUUGCCGCAAGACCCCCUUUGGCUCUGCUUCCUUCAAGGCUCCCUCUCUCGCCACCCCGGAGUCACCGCACACCCUCCUCCCUCCACAGGCCUGGAUGGGGCUAAACUGCAUUGCUGUUCUAAAGCAAACACUUCAACAUGCAGGGAAUUGUGCACAAAACUCUACAGCCUGAGCUGGGGCAGCACACAGAGCUGGCAAGAGUUUGAUCGGGUCUGUGAAUACAACCCAGUGGAGGCGUCCAUGUUGACCUGUUUGGCAGAUGUCCGAGAGCCUUGCCAGUUGGGCUGUCGAAACCUGACUUACUGUACUAAUUUUAACAACAGGCCGACAGAACUUUUCAGGAGUUGCAAUGCUCAGUCUGAUCAAGGAGCCAUGAACGACAUGAAGCUCUGGGAGAAAGGCAGUAUCAAGAUGCCGUUCAUAAACAUCCCUGUCCUGGACAUCAACAAGUGCCGGCCGGAAGUGUGGAAGGCCGUAGCUUGCUCACUGCAGAUUAAGCCUUGCCAUAGUAAAUCCCGGGCAAGUAUCAUUUGCAAGUCAGAUUGUAUAGAAAUGCUCAAGAAAUGUGGCGACCAAAACAAAUUCCCGGAGGACCACACAGCUGAGAGUAUCUGUGAGCUCUUAUCACCUACAGAUGACCUGGAAAAUUGCAUACCUUUGGAUACGUAUCUCAGGCCGAGUACUUUAGGUAACAUUGUCGAAGAGGUGACUCAUCCCUGUAACCCAAAUCCUUGCCCCGCCAAUGAGCUCUGUGAGGUAAACCGCAGAGAAUGUCCGUUUGGAGAGCCCUGCCUUCCCUACUCGUGCGUUCAAGGCUGCAAAUUGGGAGAAGCUUCCGAUUUCAUCGUGCGUCAGGGAGCCCUAAUCCAGGUGCCCUCGUCCGCAGGGGAGGUCGGCUGUUAUAAAAUUUGUUCAUGUGGCCAGAGUGGACUCGUAGAAAACUGUAUGGAGAUGCACUGCGUAGACCUUCAGAAGUCCUGCAUCGUUGGGGGGAAACGAAAAAGUCACGGGGCCUCCUUCACUAUCGACUGCAACGUGUGUUCCUGCUUCGCCGGCAGUUUGGUGUGUUCCACCCGCCUGUGCCUGGGCGAGCACAGCUCAGAAGAUGACCACCGCGCCUUCACCGGUCUGCCUUGCAACUGUGCCGAUCAGUUUGUGCCCGUGUGCGGGCAGAACGGACGCACCUACCCCAGUGCCUGCAUCGCUCGCUGUGUGGGGCUCCAGGACCAUCAGUUUGAGUUUGGAUCCUGCAUCUCAAAGGAGCCAUGUAACCCUAAUCCUUGCCCCCCAAACCAAAGGUGA